CAGGUCGUGUCAGCGUCAGCUGUUAAAUGAUUACAAAAUAUCAACAUUCAACAACGUGUUCAGUAAAAUGAAUAAACUCGUUCAAAUACACAAAUUAGGUAAAAUCUCAUACGUAGACUCCUUAAAACUGCAAAAUAAACUCGUUGAUUUACAUCGUAGUAACGAAGCAACAAUCAAUGCGUUGUUACUCCUCGAGCAUCCACCAGUGUACACAAUCGGCAUUCGAACCAAGGACUACACUGCAGAAGAUGAAAAGAACCUACUCGCAACAGGUGCCGAAUUUCAUCGCACCAACCGCGGUGGAUUGAUAACGUUUCACGGACCCGGCCAGUUAGUUGUUUACCCGAUAUUGAACCUAAAACACUUUACACCGAGUAUGCGGUGGUACGUCUGUCAUCUAGAAAAGACGAUAAUCAAUUUGUGUGAAAAUUUAGGACUGAAAGCAGAAACUUCGCCACAUACUGGAGUUUGGAUCAAUGACAAUAAGGUGUGUGCAAUUGGAGUACAUGGCAGUCAGUUUAUAACAUCCCACGGACUUGCAUUAAAUUGUUGUACAAAUUUGGAAUGGUACCGCCACAUUGUCCCAUGUGGAAUUAAAGAUAAAUGGGUGACAUCUUUAUCCAAAGAAUUAAAUAGACAUGUUUCUAUUGAUGAAAUUAUGCCUUUAUUUUUGAAUAGUUUUUGUAAAACAUUUAAUUGUACAUAUGUAGAUGUUGAUCGUAGCCCUAUAAUGACUGUGGAACCUUUGUGAUCGUUUUUUAUUAUAUAAAUUGCUCCAAAUUGGA